UGCCCCGCCCCCGGCCCGGCUCUGAUUUGUUCCGCUAGUGGUAAGAACUGUUAUGCAUUAAGCUCAACAUCUCGGCUGAUUUUGCAUGCAGCCCUUCCCUUUUCCUGACAGCUGUAAAUCCUUCUUUGCUUGGCCAAUAAAAAGCAGGAGGGACUCUCAGCAGUCCCACUUUCGUCUCACAUUCAGCAUCCUUCUGAAGACAUGUGGGUACAGGCCACCGCUCUGCUGUUCUGCUGCUGCCUCUGGCCAGCUCAGGCUCAGAGAGACAGGGGUCAAAGCAACUGGGACCCACCCAUCACAUUCAGCACCAAGGCAAAGGACUCGUGUACCAUGCUUGUCACCGGUCAAGGGGAAUACACAAGGCUGAGGCUGUCAUGCCGGGGCAACAAGCAAGCUUACUGGUGCGAGUACAGGGGCAAACCUCAGACCUGCACCGCUUACAACAAACAUCCUCGACACUAUUUUGUUCAGAUGAUGUGGAACCUGAGAAAGCUGGACAAUGCCUGCCAGGCACCAAGAGAGAUUAAACCUCACAUGUGCAGGAAGGCAACUGAUGAAUCUCAGAUGGUCUUCUCAUCCUCCUCUUUCUCCCAGUCACGAGCAGAGGGUUCUUCCAGGAGACCAGCAAAUAUGCAGCCUCAACCUAGACCGCCAAGGCCAGCUCCUACAAGACAAGCUGUCGCAAAAUCCAUUCGAGAGCCACAAAGAGUAAAGACCACUCAGGAAACCAGUACUCAAGCACCAACAACACCUCCCGUUGAGAGCAAUGCUAAGAGGAUGGCUCGGCAGCACUGCUGGAGAUCGCUGCAAGGCAUCUGCUCGUUCUUUAUUGGUUUGUUUCGUAAUUAAAGCUUUACAACUCUAAUGAAGACGACUUGAUGUCUGGCUCAAUCAGGUUGGACAUUCUAAACAAGGAGUUUUUUGGUGUGUUGUGAAAGAACUGUAGCACCCUCUGCAGGGUAAGCUGUGCUAUUACAGUGACUUUCAAGUACUUCUCACUGAAACCAUUAAGAACCAAGCUGGAAGAGCUUAAAGGUCUGACUUUAUUACAUAAUAACAAAUGCUUUGCAUGAACAGCCUGUACUGAGUGGUUCUGCUUUAACAUGUAAUGUAUUUAUGUUUGUAACUUCAAUAUAAUCUGCUUGCAUCAGUAAAUAUUACCUUGAAAAAUGUUGGGGUAGAGUUU